AUGAGAGGAAGAGAUGCCGAAAUUCUUGGCUUACCAAAGCAUUCCGCUUUAGAUAAUAUUCCAAUUUGUAAAAGUAAUUCGAAAAUAUGCAAAUUUAUCACCUGCAGUGCUCGAAAUUUUCAAAAUGAUGAAUCGAUAUCAAAUUUAAAUUUGGCCGCACAAAUGUUGGCUGAUACGAAAUUACGUAAAGCGAUUGCCAGUGAUUCAAGUAUAUUACUGACGGUAUGCCAAGAACAAGGACUUUCUCCAUUACAGUGCAAACUUUUUGCAAACGCAUUUCAACUUAUUAAUCGGUUUAUCUCAACCAUUGAACCAAUGGAAGAGGAUGUUAAAAAGUCACAUCAUCAUCUUAUAAAGGAUGACCCGUACUACGAUGAUUCCGAUGCACCACCUAUACCAAUACAACUAGGAGUUCAUCAGACUAUGGGAUCUCAAACAUGGUCUACCAACGGGAGGAAAAUCAAUGAUGCUGAAUUAAUAUCACAGAAGAUGCAAUUCAAAGAAAAAUCAGGGACAUCAAUAUUUUCACAUCCUUCAAGAAAUUUACUAAGUCCUUCAAAUCCCUCAAAUUCAAAUACUGCUGCAACAUCAAUAUCUUUAGAUUCAAUGCUAACACAAACAUCAUCACCAUCAACACCAGCUACCUUACUUACCUUUCCACCACUAAUUUUUACUUUUCCAACUUUUGCAACAGUUGCACCAAUGAUAUUCCAUACAUCACCGCUGGAAACUUUGAAACCAAUGGUGAUGCAACCUGCAAAUUUGUUUACAAAAGAAAUGCAAAUGUUAAUGUCAUAUUUUAAUAAUAAGCUCCUAUUACCGAGCAUGUUACCACCAUUACCGCUACCACCGACAAUGCUAUCGGAGCAGUUUAAACCGAUAAAUCCAGUUGAAUCAGUAAGAAAUAGGCGAUCAAGUGAUUAUUAUGAUAAUAUUGAAGAAGAAAGUGAUGAGAAGAAAAGUACGAAUAUAUUCAUGAAUCAUACAAUGAGUGAUAAUAAACAAAAAAUGAUAAAACUUCUGAAACAAAAAGAAGAUCGGAAGGGUUUACUUGAUUGCAUGGAAUUUCUCAAGGAUAAUUAA